AUGACUGCAAUGAUAGACAUUGACGAAGCCGAUGUCACAGUUCUUAACCAGAACUUGUUCAAGUCGCAGGAGCUUUUCCUGAAGAUCCAGACCUCGCUAUCGAACAUACUGGACAAAUCGCUGAGAGCACUGACGAAGAUUAAGCCCAUUUUGAAGGACGUCAAUCAGCUUACGAAGGAACAGAAGGAGAUUAACAAUGGGAUUGGGAUGCUUGAGGAUGUCAGUGAGAUAUGUAAUCGAUGCAGUGAAUAUGAGGGGGUUUUAAACCAGAGUAUAGACCUAAUUGGAGUACCCAAGUUUGUUCUGAGUCUAACUAAAUCCAAAGGGGUGCUACAUGAGUUUAAACAGUACAAGAAGUUUAAGGGAGUGUUUAUUAAUUUUGCUACUUUGAUAGACCGACUGGAAUUGAGUCUACAGAAUAAUCUUCAGAAAUUGAGUCACCGAGAGAACACUUUGGAUAGUACUAAUGAUAUCAAGAUUACUUUAAAUUACUUUAAAGAGAAUGACUAUGUUCAAAAGACAUUUCUUCGUCAUCGUGGAGAAGUACUAGUGCAAAAGUUCAUUUCUCAACCCAUCAAAUUUGACUUGAAUGCUCCCAUAUAUGAAAGAGGAAGUAAUGGGCUCACUGAACUAACAGAUUAUCUACUUCUGCAUUAUGAAAUCGAGAAACAAUUGCUUCUAGAGUUGGAUAUUUAUACCGAGCAAAGAUUAACAGAGAUCUUCAGCCAUGUGUUCAAUGAGAACUUGAGUGGAUUUAUAAAAGUGUUUGAAGAUGAACCUCAAGACCCCAUACUUUUGUUUGAACUCUUGGACAAUUUACUUCGUCUAGGAGAAGUUUUUGAAUUCAACAAAUUCCCGGUGUUCAAUGCCAAUUGGACCAGACUCAUCUCAUCAACUUCUACUGCGUUUUUCAAUACGACAUUUAUUAGAAUUGAACGGAAAGUUGUUAUCACCAAAAAUCCCGACUUGCAAAUACCGGAGCUUAUCAUUGAAUGGAUAUCCAAGCUUAGAAAAUGGAGUGAAUUUGACAAGUGUAUGCUUUUAUUGAUGGCUAACCCCAAGAUCAAACUAGGUACUUGGUUAGAAAGUUCACCUAGUUUACGGUUUCUUAGUACUUAUACCAGUGUUUUACCAGAGUACAUCAAUGAUAAUGAGCUUAUAAAGGAGCCUGCUUAUUUGAUUAGCAGUUUUUACUCUGACGUUAUAGACUGUUUAUUUGUUAAUGUUGAAAUUGAAAUGAAAAAGAAGGAAAACAUAUUGGCUGGCCAACUGACACCAGCAUCCAGUACUACUAGUUUGGGAAUUGGAGGAGACAUUCAAAAGAAAUCCACUCAAGGGUUUCUUAUUAUUAAGAACUUAAUAAUGGUAGAAACCAUUAUCAAUCGCUCAGCCAAAUUAUAUGAAGCCUUAGGGAAGUGGGGUCAAGAAAGAAUUAGAAAACUAAAGAAUCGGUACUUGAAAAUGUUUCUAGACGAUUGGAAUUAUGCCUCGUAUAUUAUAAUUCGGGAUAUGACUCAAAUAAGUACCAUUCAAGCCACUCAACAUUUGAGUAAUGCCAAUAAGGAGAAGGAAUUAAUUAAAGAAUUAUUUAAAAACUUUAACGAUGCCUUUGAGGAAGCUCUGAGGAACUAUCAACGGUUUAAUAUUACCGAUGUUAAUUUGAGGAACCUUUUAGCCGGCGAAAUCAAAAAGUUGAUUCUUAAUGCUUAUUUUAAACUUUAUGAUAAAUAUGGUUCGGGUGAAUGGACAAAGAAUAGAGCGAAAUAUAUAAAGUGGGAUAAAAAGUCAUUUGAACAGACUCUUAAUGAGAAAUUGGGUUAA